GUGUGUGUGUGUGUGAGAGAGAGAGAGAGAGUGAAGGGAGCCACAAUCUGCUCCCACUUUCCAGUGCUUGUCUGAACUCAUGAGGCAGCACAGACCCCUUCGCGCAGAGAAACUCCAACCUCACUGGCAACCAUCGCGGCGGCAGCAGCAGCAGGCCACCAGCUGUUUCCCGUGGAGAUCAUGAAACGAGGUCGGCUUCCUAGCAGCAGUGAGGAUUCUGAUGACAAUGGCAGCUUGUCCACCUGGUCUCAGCAUUCCAGAUCUCGACACCGGAGGAAUUCAUGCUCCAGACAUGAAGAUCGAAAACCUUCUGAGCUGAUACCCAGCAACCUUUCCUCUGGCCGGGAGUUCAGCUGCUACCACAGUCACUGCCAGCACCAAGUGUUCAGGACGGACUUGAUCACUGCCAUGAAGCUACCCGACUCCUACCAACUGAACCCUGAUGAGUACUAUGUGCUGGCAGACCCCUGGAGGCAGGAGUGGGAAAAGGGAGUUCAGGUGCCAGUUAGCCCGGGGGCCAUCCCCGAACCAGUAGCCAGGGUUGUGUCUGAGACAAAAGCAGUCACAUUUACAAGACCCAGGAAGUACAUCCUUUCUUCAGGUUCUGAGCCUCCUGAGCUGGGGUACGUUGACAUUCGAACCUUGGCGGACAGUGUGUGUCGCUAUGACCUCAAUGAUGUGGAUGCAGCAUGGUUAGAACUGGCCAAUGAAGAAUUUAAAGAGAUGGGAAUGCCUGAACUGGAUGAGUAUACGAUGGAGAGAGUCAUGGAGGAAUUUGAACAGCGAUGCUAUGACAGUAUGAAUCAUGCUAUUGAGACUGAAGAAGGGCUUGGGAUCGAGUAUGAUGAGGACGUUGUCUGCGACGUUUGCCAGUCCCCGGAUGGGGAGGAUGGCAACGAAAUGGUGUUCUGUGACAAAUGCAAUAUCUGUGUACACCAGGCAUGUUACGGAAUUUUAAAGGUGCCAGAAGGCAGUUGGCUAUGCCGGACCUGUGCGCUUGGUGUUCAGCCAAAGUGUUUAUUGUGUCCCAAGAAAGGUGGAGCUAUGAAGCCUACUCGUAGUGGGACGAAGUGGGUCCAUGUGAGCUGUGCUCUGUGGAUUCCAGAGGUGAGUAUUGGCAGCCCAGAAAAGAUGGAGCCCAUAACCAAGGUGUCUCACAUUCCCAGCAGUAGAUGGGCAUUAGUGUGCAGUCUUUGCAAUGAGAAGAUUGGGGCAUCCAUACAGUGCUCAGUGAAAAACUGCCGAACAGCUUUUCAUGUCACAUGCGCAUUUGACCGUGGCUUGGAGAUGAGGACCAUCUUGGCGGAGAAUGAUGAGGUCAAGUUCAAGUCAUACUGCCCCAAGCACAGCUCCACCAAGAAACUGGAUGAUGAACACCUCAGUGAAAACACCAGCCAUGAGAAUGGGACACAGGACAGCUCCCCUUGUGUCCAUAUAGAGUCCUUUCACAGCCUUGAUCAAAACCAGGAGGAGGCCCACAGGGUCAGUGUCCGCAAGCAGAAGCUCCAGCAGCUGGAGGACGAGUUCUACACAUUUGUUAAUGUCUUGGAAGUGGCCAAGGCCCUGCGGCUGCCUGAAGAGCUGGUGGAGUUCCUGUACCAGUACUGGAAGCUUAAGAGGAAAGGCAAUUUCAACAAGCCCUUGAUAACCCCAAAGAAAGACGAAGAGGACAAUCUAGCCAAGCGGGAGCAGGAUGUUUUGUUCAGGAGACUGCAGCUCUUCACACACCUCCGGCAGGAUUUGGAGAGGGUUCGGAAUCUGACUUACAUGGUGACCCGAAGGGAGAAGAUUAAGAGAUCUGUUUGCAAAGUCCAGGAACAGAUAUUCAAUCUCUACACAAAACUUAUGGAGCAAGAAAGAGUUUCAGGUGUGCCUUCCUCCUCCUUCUCAGUAGAAAACGUGGUGUUGUUCAACAGUCCAUCUUUGGGUCCUGAUGCUCCCAAGAUAGAGGAUUUGAAGUGGCAUUCUGCUUUCUUCAGGAAGCAAAUGGGCACUUCUCUGACACACACACUGAAAAAACCACACAAGAGAGACAGAGCAAGGAACAGCUCUGGGAGUGACAGCAAAUCCCUGCUCAAGCAGCCCAGCCGAAGAGAAAGUGUUGCAACUCCAGGUAGCUUUUUAAAUUUUGAAAAGGCCUUUGCAGAAGCACGCAUUGUAUCAGCACAACAGAGAAACGGGAUAGUUAUGACAGACCACAGGAAAAGAAGAGACAGUCGUUCCCCUUAUGAGGUAAUCAAGGCAGAACUGAAGGAAAAACCUUGCAAGCACAGCCACAAGCCACUGACAUCCACAGAAGUGUCUCAGAGGCAAUCAGAAAACAAAAGGUCUGUGAACCAUCCAGGUGGUAGGUCAGCACCUGGCACACGGAGGGAUAUAGUGCCUAAAUGCAAUGGAUCUCUCAUCAAAAUAAACUAUAACCGGCCUGUGGUUAAAGUGCCUACUACACCCACAAGCCCAGUGAAAAACUGGGGCGGAUUCCGAAUUCCAAAGAAGGGGGAGAGACAACACCAGGGAGAGAUCCAGGAGGAGACCUGCCACCAGAACUCUAACUAUCCAUACUUGGGCAUGGGCAGAGUUUUGCCUAAAGACAGGGCAAAAAGCAAACUAAAGACAGACAGGGAAAAUGAUGGGUAUGCUCCAGAUGCUGAAAUGAGUGACUCAGAAACUGAGGUGGCUGAGACAAAAUGCAGACAGCAAAGGCUUAGUCCAAACAGCACUAUCAACAGGAGGACAGACAUUAUUAGGAGAAGUAUCCUCGCUUCCUGACUGGGCAGUAAGACAUCUUCAGCGCCGUGGUCAAUAGAGGCACUGCCUACAAACCCACUCUGCAUUAUUUAUUGGUGUGAGGAGGGGAGGAUGGGGUUUUAGACAUGGCUACAGAUUGACAAAGAGAUAAACAGUUACCCUGAGCUGUAUAAAACAUGUUUACGUGCACUUAAGACUACGAUUUUGCCCCGUCCCUGAGUCCGUAUAAUCUAUUUCUGUGAGAAGUUUGAAUCUUUUUUAUUUGCAACUUUCUUGAGGAAACAUGACAACAUCACUAUUAAAUCUAUUCCAUCACUAUGGAAUCUUUGGUGGAACACUAAAAGAAUUCAUUAAACAUGUGGGGGAAGGGGAGGUUGCAUCUGUCUCUCUUUAGCAAAACAGCACCAACAAGAAUUUUUUCCUCUCCCCAAAAGCACAAACUGUUAAAUUAACUAGUGUAUGCUAUAUCAAAUAUGGUUAUUUAACCAUCCAGCAUUUCUGAACACAUUAUAAAUGCUCACUUUCCUUGGACUGUGGCAGGUCUUGAAGCAUAUUUGCCUGCAGAAUGUUUUUGGUGUAUUAGAGUUCAGUAUACAUGGCAGCUCUAAAUCUUCCGUAACUCCAGAGAGUUUACAUGUAAAUACAUCCAACAGGUAGUCAGAUUUAACCACAAUUAUUGGAGAAAAAUGAAGGAGACCGGUUUGAACUGCAGCUGCCUAGUGAUACCACAUUAACAACAUGAAAAGACCCAGUCUGAGUACAGAGCCAUACUCCUAAGCUCUUCAAUUCUGAGGAAGGAAUACAGUUAGAAGAUAGUUUGGCCAGUUCUGAGAAAGGGACAAAUUUAUGGCCUACUGCAUUCUAUGGAACAAUCCACAAAGCAGAUUUACCAUUAUCCAAUCACCUGCCCAGGAAUAAGAUGACAAUUCAAGUGGGUAUGACUAACUUGAAGGCACUAGUCAGCAGGAUUUCCCAACGCCAGCCACUUAUGCACUAAUGGUAUGUACUGGGAAAUCCAAGCAUCUGACACUAAAACGUUACUU